GAAGUUGAAACCCUCAGAAACCAGAACCCUAGCUGCUAUCACGUUAUUUGCGGCUGAGCACAAUGGAACAGGUUCAAUGUUUCGGCAGGAAGAAGAACGCGGUCGCGGUGACUCACUGCAAGAGAGGUCGCGGUCUCAUCAAGAUCAAUGGCUCUCCGAUCGAACUCGUCCAGCCUGAGAUUCUCCGUUUCAAGGCGUUCGAGCCAAUUCUCCUUCUCGGAAGACACCGUUUUGCUGGCGUUGAUAUGAGGAUCAGAGUGAAGGGAGGAGGUCACACUUCUCAGAUCUAUGCUAUCAGACAGAGUAUCGCGAAGGCUUUGGUGGCUUACUAUCAGAAAUAUGUUGAUGAACAGAGUAAGAAGGAGAUCAAGGAUAUUCUUGUGAGGUAUGAUAGGACUUUGCUUGUGGCUGAUCCUAGACGUUGUGAGCCGAAGAAGUUUGGUGGACGUGGUGCCCGUGCUAGGUUCCAGAAAUCUUACCGUUAGAAUCUUACCGUUAGAUUGUUUUAUUGCAUUUACUAUCUUAAUGUUUUUGUUUAGUACUCUAUGAAAUUAUUGCUGUGACUUUUAAAUUGAGGUUUUAUUUUGAAUGCGACUAUCAAAGAUUUUUGUUAUGUUUUAAUUUAUUUAUAUUAAUAGAUAUGUUUUGACUUGAA